GGACCGAGCUGCCGCGGAAGAUGGCGGCUGAGACGCUGAACAGAGGGGAGGCGCCUUCCUGCGACUCCGGCCGGAGUUGGCCUAAAGGGAUCUGAAGGUGUCAGAUCCUUUGGAAUUGGUGUUACAGACAGUUGUGAGCUACCAUGUGGGUGCUGAAAUUGAACCCAGGUCCUUUGAAGAGCAGCCAGUACUCUUAACCCACUGAGCCAUCUCUCCAGCCCCUUGCCUGGAUAACAUGUAGCAAUGCCAUCUGCAAUUUUGUUAUUUGCAACAACUCUCCCCUUGGAGGCCAGCCUGUUAUCUUCAAUCCUGACUUUUUUGUGGAGAAACUCCGACAUGAGAAACCAGAGGUGUUCACCGAGUUGGUGGUCAGCAAUAUCACAAGACUUAUUGAUUUGCCUGGAACUGAGCUUGCUCAGCUGAUGGGAGAAGUGGACCUUAAGUUGCCUGGUGGGGCUGGUCCAGCGGCAGGAUUCUUCAGGUCUCUAAUGUCUCUCAAGCGGAAGGAGAAAGGAGUGGUGUUUGGAUCUCCACUGACAGAGGAAGGCAUUGCCCAGAUAUACCAACUGAUUGAGUAUCUGCACAAAAACUUGCGAGUAGAGGGCUUGUUCCGAGUACCAGGCAACAGCGUCCGGCAGCAACUUUUGAGGGAUGCUCUCAAUAAUGGAACCGAUAUUGACUUGGACUCAGGAGAGUUUCACUCAAAUGAUGUCGCCACCCUGCUGAAGAUGUUUCUGGGAGAGUUACCAGAGCCCCUGCUGACCCAUAAACAUUUUCAUGUCCACCUCAAGAUUUCUGAUUUGAUGCAGUUUGAUGAUAAAGGAAAUAAGACCAACAUACCAGACAAGGAGCGGCAGAUUGAAGCUCUGCAGCUGCUCUUCCUCAUCCUCCCUCCAGCCAAUCGUAACUUGCUGAAGUUACUGCUUGAUCUCCUGUAUCAAACAGCUAAGAAGCAAGACAAGAAUAAGAUGUCUGCCCAUAACCUUGCCCUUAUGUUUGCACCCCAUGUCCUGUGGCCCAAAAAUGUCACUGCAAAUGACCUUCAGGAAAAUAUCACAAAGUUAAACACUGGGAUGGCUUUUAUGAUCAAACACUCCCAGAAACUUUUUAAGGCUCCUGCUUAUAUUCGAGAAUGUGCUAGAUUGUACUAUUUGGGCUCCAGAACACAAGUGUCAAAGGAUGAUCUUGAUCUGACAACCUCAUGUCAUACCAUGCCCUUCCAGCUGGCAAGGUCUCAGAAAUGGAACAGGGUAGAUUCUUGCUCUCAGCAGGAGGAAACCCAGCAACAUACAGAAGAGGCAUUGAGAGAACUCUUCCAACAUGUUCAUAACAUGCCAGACUCAGCGAAGAAGAAACAACUUAUCAGACAGUUCCAUAAGCAGUCUUUAACUCAAACGCCAGGGCGAGAACCUUCUACUCCCAGGGUCCAGAAGAGAGCCCGCUCACGCUCCUUCAGUGGGCUUAUUAAGCGCAAAGUCCUGGGCAACCAGAUGAUGUCAGAAAAGAAAAACAGCCCCCCUACUCCAGAGUCUGUGGCCAUGGGGGAACUGAAGAGAGCCAGUAAAGAGAAUAUGAGCUUGUUCUUCUCUGGCUCUCCAACUGUCACAAUGACACCAACAAGAUUGAAAUGGUCUGAGGGGAAGAAAGAGGGGAAAAAAGGAUUCUUCUGAAAGACCUGUUACUUCUCCUGUCAUCCACAGUGAAGUUUCUCUUUAGUGGGACAGGUGUUAUUUCUGUUCUCAGUGAAGUUUGGACCUGCAGCUUGCUUGCUGCAUUUUGGAUUGUGAAAGCCAACUCAACCCCUGACCCGACUGAUACCUCUAACCCACUCACUGGAUGUCUCUGAAGCUGUGCCCCUGAGGGAAUGCUGCACACUCUGUUUGUUUCAGUGUCAGGAAGCUGCUAGCUGCCUGCCUCCUUACACAGUGCAGCAGGUAGACAGGGCCAGCCAUGCAUAGUCAAUGUGCUCAGGUCUGUUCUCUUUCUUCAAAAUUUUGUGUUUAAUUUUGUGUUUAGUAAUAUUUUUUAGAAAUACUGUCAGUCUUAGUGGAUUAUUAUUUUUAACUGGUAUUUGGGGCUUUCCUCUGUGUUGUUAGUAUUGAAUAACUGGUUGUUUUUUUAUUUUUAUUUUUCCUACUGUUUUAAAAGCCAUUAUUUAGAUUCAUAAUCUAAGUGAAUACUAAGUUAAAAGUCUUUGACUCCUUUUCAUUUUGAGCUUGAGACAAGGCUUUGUCUUACAUGUGUUCAAAGAAUGCGCAGCUCUCCUAGGCGUUCUUUGUCACUUCUUGUAUCUAAUAGAGAGGAUCUGACCGGGCAGUGAAAAGAGGCUGCACCCAUGCCUCACUGUCCUCCCCUUGUGGUGCGAGGAUAGUUGUGUGGUUGUUAACUUGACUCCUUCAUUAGUACCCUCUCACUGAAAACAUUGCUGGUGCCACUGCCACCCUCUGUGCCAGAUGACUGUGACUUGAGAAAUGUCGCGACCAGCUACACAGAGCUUGCUGCAGUCUACAUGUGGUGGAAACUCUGAAGUAGGCCCAGGAGGCGCUGGCUGGCUUUGGUAGGGUCCUGUCACACAUUCCUAGGGAUCAAAUAUGUUGCUUCACUGUCUCCUGAGAGCCGUUUGCAAUCAGGAAAGGCAUGUGUAGCAGUUUCUGCAGGGCCCAUCUGAUUUAAUAGGAGAGUUCCCACAAGGAGCAGGUGUGGUGUGUCCCCAUAAUCUAGCACAGUUGUUUACUGCCCUUCUCCUUGUCAGGAUGGGCAUAGGAAGUGAUGGAGUACAGCAGAGCCACUUCCCAUUGAGCAGUUGAGGAUGUUGAGGUGUGGGCCUGGCUUUGUUGAACUGUGCAACCAUCCUCACCCCACUGUGGGGAACCAGGUACCCAGCAAAAUACGGUUUGCCAACCUGAUGAUAGACAGUUGAAAAGUUGUGUUGUUGUUGAGAUGAAGGCUGACUUUGUGUCUGUCUUCACCUCUCUCUUCCACACCAUACUGUUUAACAGUAAUAGUGAAGGAAAAUGUGUAUUUGGCCUUUUAGCUGCAUAGUUUGGGAGCAGUGGAGGUGUGAGAAUCUACAAUGAACUUUAAGUUCCUUUCUCUAAAGCAGUUUUAGGUUAUCCUUAAAGAUUUUUGUUAGCAAAUUCUUUUGUCUAGGUUUCUGUUAUUAUUAACAAGAAAAAUUUCUUUCUUCCUUUUUAAAUUUCUUGUGCCGGGUAUAUAAUAUGGUCAAACAGAAAAUCCUUUUGUAUUAGCAAAUCAGAGAAGUUCACCUCAGCAUGGAGCUUGCUCUAAGUGUGUUCCACCAUGCUGUAAUGUAGCACUAUGCAGAGAGCCGAGCAGUGCCUUGAUGUAUCUAAGAGUCUGCAUUCUGUUAGUGAGACAGAGAGAGAGAGCAGGACUUAGGAGAUGAGUGUGAGCUAAUGGAACCAAUGACGAGGGGUGCUCUGGAUGAGGCUGGUGAGAGAGAAGUGUGCCCUACGCACAUGCUUUCCUGUAGCUGGCCUUUUGGGCAGUUAGCGUGUGUCUUUGGGAAUGUAUAUUCUAUUUAUUUAUUGGAUAGUCAUUUUCUUGCUGUAAGGGUAUUUUAGGUCAUUUUUUUUCUCAUAGAAGCUGUGAUCCAGUGCAGAAUAAACUUGAGGAACAGCAUAACCUUCUGUGUCUUAUAUGUGGCUGUUCUAACCCUGUGGGAUCUUCUGGGAAACUUAGACAGAAGCUUCGUUGUUGUCCCAGAAGGUGCUGUUGCCCUUCUGACAGGGUGUACAGUUGCUGUUUUUGAGCCAGUGUUUAACUAAUGUGCUUAAUCUAUGUCUUUUUUUUUUUUUUUUUUUUUUGGAGGGGGCUGUGGUUUGAGACAGAGUUUUUCUGUGUAGCCUUGGCUUCCUGAAACUCACUCUGUAGACCAGGUUGGCCUCGAACUCAGAGUUCUCCCUUCUCUGCCUCCUGAGUGCUGGGUAUGUGUGGCACUGCCCGGCUGACUGAUGUUUUAAAGGAUGUCUGUUGUGUUUAUUUUUAUGUUGGAGCAAUCUCUUUGGAAGUGCCUUUCCUUUCUUUCUGGGGUUAAUUGCCACAGGCUGCCAUGCUGUGUCAACACAGGGUAGUAUAUGUUUGCCAGAGGGACAUGAGUAUGAAGAGACAGAUCAUAUCUGAUUUGGAUCUGCACUACGUAAAUGAGUGGAGGCUGUGGGCCCUUUUUCUAACUUUUCACCGGAUUUUCUCACUGAGAUCAGUGAUUAGGUUUGAACUCCCACUCCCAUUCACACACACACACACACACACACACACACACACACACACACACACACUGUGUAGAAAACAAUACUUGGGAGACAACAUUGGUUGUAUCAGAGUGACAGAACAUUUUAGAAGCAUAGCUGAUGAAUCCUGAGGGAACCCACAGUUGGCUCUCCACACAGAAUGUGCUGAUUCCUCCUCGAGUCAGUCAGGAUUGCUGAGGAAACACCUGUGGGAGAUGAGGCAUUACAGGGCGGAGCUCUGGAGGCCACUGUUUUGUGGCCUGUAUAGAAGUCAGCUCACCUCAGAGCAGAGCUGUUCUUUCCUCUUGAGUAGUGUUUCUGUCUGGCUUCCCUCAGAGGAGCUUGUAUCUGUGGAUGAUUUAAAAUACUGCCUCCUAGGGGACAAGGCAGUCACUGUGACUGGCCAUGUGAACAUGCAGAGGCAGGAGGCCAUAUUUGAAAGAGCUGUCUCUAGACUGCCUGCCUGCUUGCUCCAUGGAGACCUCACUAGCACUGUCAUUUCAGUCAGGUCUUUUCUCUAUGACAUCCUUUUCCCGUGCAGACAACAUCAUCCCUGCUCUUCUGCUCUAAAGUCUUUAGACUGAUAUUAGGAUCAAGAUCUAAACUGAUAGGACUAUCCUAGAAUUUGGAGAGAACCUGGCUUCCUAAGAUGAAGCUUUUGAGUGACCGCAGUACCUACUAGCCUGAUGGCAGACUCCCUGUCAAAAGCUGGUUUUACUAGACAGCUAAUGCGAGAACAGUGUGGAGUUGAUGGAGGUGGGCUGGUGAGGAGGUGGAGGAUAAAUAGUCUGAGUGCUUGUGUCACCAUGGAAACUGGAGCUCAUGAGGCUACAGCCCAGGCUGAAGAGCCUUUGAGCAUGCCCCUGACAUGCUUGGACCAGUGGGCUACAGGGAAGGCAUUCUCUCACCCAAAGUCUUUCAGCAAGGCUCGCCUGUGCACACUCUCUGCACUCACUCACCCAACCCCCAAAAGGUUUAAGAGAAGGUUGCUUCUAUUUGUUAUUUUUCAUUAUUUUGCAUAUAUAUAUGUAAUUGUAAAGAAACACUCAUAUAUAUUGUCUUUUAUAUUCAUGUACUAUUCUGAAAUUAAAUUUCUUCUGUUUCAUAUCUAUG